AUGUCCCCACCACGCGCCCUGGAAGCUCUGCGAAGGUUCGCAUCCUGUGACAUCGGCGACGCUCUUGUGAAGCUCAAGUAUCCACAGGGCGGCUUCCUCGACGGGAUCCGCAUGUUCUCGCCUGGCGCAUCGACGCGCGUGUUCGGUCCCGCCGUGACCGUCCAGAUGGUCGAGAUGAGCGACGCCUCGGCGCCGAAGCUGGACAAGCACUUUGUCGACCACAACGAGGACGGCGGAAUCAUGUACAUCCAGCAGCCCAAGGGGCUGCCGUCGGCCUGCUGGGGCGGCCUGAUGUCCACGAGGGCCAAGUACCUGGGCGCCCAGGGUGUGGUAGUGGAUGGCCGGGUGAGGGACGUUGGCGAACACAACGAGAUAGGGUUCCCGGUCUUUGCCCAGGGCACCUCCAUUCUCGGAUCCAACACCUUCACGCGCGCAUCACGCGUGAACGUGCCUCUCCAGUUCAAAGGCGACCUCUGGAUCCAUCCCGGCGAUAUUCUGGUCGGCGAUGCGGAUGGCGUUGUCGUGACGCCCUUGUCGCUGGUAGAGAACGUGGUUGCUCUAUGCCAGGAGCGCGCCGAGGUUGAUGAAAGGAUGUUUGUUGAAUUGAGGAAGGGAGCGUCGAUGAGCGAGCUCAUGAAGAAUAUCAGGAAGGACAAAUAG